AUGUUUCGGAAUUUGGCUUUGUGUCAAACUUCUAUAACUAAAUCGCGUCUAUUGUACCAUUUCAAAACUUCCAGCAAACAAAUUGUAACAAGUUGGCCUUUGGGUUUUUCGCCUUUUCGAAGUCAAAGUAGUCUUUCAUACGUGGAAGGUAUAGAAGAUAAACCUCUUUUAGAAGAGACCAUUGGAAAUUAUUUGGACAAUAUUAUCUCAAAAUAUGGCGACCAUCAAGCAGUUGUUGUGAAACAAGAGAAUAAUCUCCAUUGGAAUUAUCGUCAGUUUGGAGAGAAAAUUGAUGCUCUAGCUCGUGGUCUACUUAAUAGUGGACUAAGGAAAGGCGAUCGUUUAGGCGUUUUUAUGCCAAAUAAUUCUGCUUGGCCUACUUUGCAAUAUGCAACCAGUAAAAUCGGUGUUAUUCUGGUGACUAUUAAUCCCGCUUACCGAGUACAUGAAUUAGAGCAGGCGCUUAAUGUUGUUGGUGUAAAAUCGCUUGUGCUCACACCGCAUUUUAAAUCAUCACAUUAUAUAAAAAUGAUUCAAGAACUUGCACCGGAAUUGAAUUCUUGUGAACCGAAUUCCUUAGUAUCAGUGAAACUUCCUGAUCUUAAACAAGUUAUAGUUGUUGAUACACAUCACUCCACAGAAGAUCUUGGAAAUGUCAAAGGAUUAAUAAGAUUUCGUGAAAUGUUUCAAUAUGACGUUUUGGAUAAUGAUCCGGUGAAAGAAAUAGGAGAAACAUUAUCAAAUAAUGACAUUAUAAAUAUUCAAUUCACUUCUGGAACUACUGGUGCACCAAAAGGUGUCUCAUUAUCACACCGAAAUAUUUUGAAUAAUGGAGAGGCGACCGCCACAAAUAUGAAUCUUACACCGAAUGAUAUAUUAUGCGUUCCUGUCCCUCUCUAUCAUUGCUUUGGUGUUGUGUUAGGUAAUCUUGCGGCUUUGACGAAAGGAUCUUCUGUCGUGUAUCCAAGUGAAGGUUUUGAUGUUGAAGCAACUCUUCGUGCUGUUGAGGAAGAAAAGUGUACCGGAUUGCAUGGCGUGCCAACAAUGUUUAUCGAAGAGUUGGAUCAUCCAAAUUUUCGCAAUUUUAAUUUAACCAGCUUAAGAACCGGAAUAGCUGCUGGUUCACCAAUCCCGAUCGAAGUCAUGAAAGACGUUAUCGAGAAAAUGAAUCUCAAUGAACUUACCAUCGCAUAUGGGAUGACAGAGACGUCACCAAUUUCAUUCCAAACCAAAAAGAUCGAUCCACUGCAUAGACGCGUUGAGACAGUCGGAAGAAUACUUCCACAUGUUCGUGCAAAAGUUGUUGAUCCAAAAACCAAUGAAAUUUUGCCAUUGAAUACAUCCGGAGAAUUAUGCACAAGCGGUUAUGUGGUUAUGGAAGGAGGCUAUUGGAAUAAUGACGAGCAAACAAAAAAUACUAUGAGUAUUGAUGAGAAAGGAAUAAAAUGGAUGCAUACAGAAGGUUAUUGUACUAUAGUAGGUCGCAUGAAAGAUCAAAUAAAUCGUGGAGGAGAGAAAAUAGCUCCAGCCGAAAUAGAGAAUAUCAUUUUUGAACAUCCAGCUAUCGCAAAUGUCUCAGUAGUUGGUGUACCUGAUCCCGUAUUCGGUGAACAAGUUUGCGCAUGGAUAAUUCGAAGGCACGAUAGUGCUGUAACCCCAGAAGAUAUUCAACAAUUCUGCAAGGGGAAAAUUGCACAUUAUAAAAUACCGAGAUACGUAAUAUUUGUCGAUGAAUUUCCAAAGACUGUAACUGGGAAAGUUAAAAAGCAUGUGAUACGUGAUAAAAGCAAAGAAAUUCUAGGAUUAUAA